GAGAGCACGGGGAGAGGGGGGCGCGCAGAGCCAGUCUGAGAGUGAGCGCAGCCAGAAGGAGGGAGAGGAGGAGAAAGAGCGAGGGCGGGCGAGAGGCAGUGGCGGCGGCGGCGGCGGCGGCGGCAGCAGCAAUAGCAGGAGCAGCCGCAGAAGGCGUCGGAGCAGGCGUCGUCGAGCUGCCCGCUGGGGGAGAGGAGAGAGAGAGCGAGCGAGCGAGAGAGCCAGGGAAGAGAGAAGAGAGCCCGAGGCGAAAAAGUAACUGUCAAAUGCGCGGCUCCUUUAACCUGAGCGCCCAGUCCGGCUCCGAGAGUCAUGGCGACCGCAGCGUCUAACCACUACAGCCUGCUCACUUCCAGCGCCUCCAUCGUGCACGCCGAGCCGCCGGGCGGCAUGCAGCAGGGCGCCGGGGGCUACCGCGAGGCGCAGAGCCUGGUGCAGGGCGACUACGGCGCGCUGCAGAGCAACGGGCACCCGCUCAGCCACGCUCACCAGUGGAUCGCCGCGCUGUCCCACGGCGGCGGCGGCGGGGGCGGCGGCGGCGGCGGCGGGGGCGGGGGCGGCGGCGGGGGCGGCGGCGACGGCUCCCCGUGGUCCACCAGCCCCUUGGGCCAGCCGGACAUCAAGCCCUCGGUGGUGGUGCAGCAGGGCGGCCGCGGCGACGAGCUGCACGGGCCGGGCGCCCUGCAGCAGCAGCACCAGCAGCAGCAGCAGCAGCAGCAGCAACAGCAGCAGCAGCAGCAGCAACAGCAGCAGCAGCAGCAGCAGCGGCCGCCGCAUCUGGUGCAUCACGCCGCCAACCACCACCCGGGGCCCGGGGCAUGGCGGAGCGCGGCGGCCGCGGCGCACCUCCCGCCCUCCAUGGGAGCGGCCAACGGCGGCUUGCUCUACUCGCAGCCCAGCUUCACCGUGAACGGCAUGCUGGGCGCCGGCGGGCAGCCGGCGGGGCUGCACCACCACGGCCUGCGGGACGCGCACGAGGAGCCGCACCACGCGGACCACCACCCGCACCCGCACCCGCACCCGCACCAGCAGCCGCCGCCGCCGCCCCCGCAGGGCCCGCCGGGCCACCCCGGCGCCCACCACGACCCGCACUCGGACGAGGACACGCCGACCUCGGAUGACCUGGAGCAGUUCGCCAAGCAGUUCAAGCAGCGGAGGAUCAAACUGGGAUUUACCCAAGCGGACGUGGGGCUGGCGCUGGGCACCCUGUACGGCAACGUGUUCUCGCAGACCACCAUCUGCAGGUUCGAGGCCCUGCAGCUGAGCUUCAAGAACAUGUGCAAGCUGAAGCCUUUGUUGAACAAGUGGUUGGAGGAGGCGGACUCGUCCUCGGGCAGCCCCACCAGCAUAGACAAGAUCGCGGCGCAGGGGCGCAAGAGGAAAAAGCGGACCUCCAUCGAGGUGAGCGUCAAGGGGGCUCUGGAGAGCCAUUUCCUCAAAUGCCCCAAGCCCUCGGCCCAGGAGAUCACCUCCCUCGCGGACAGCUUACAGCUGGAGAAGGAGGUGGUGAGAGUUUGGUUUUGUAACAGGAGACAGAAAGAGAAAAGGAUGACCCCUCCCGGAGGGACUCUGCCGGGCGCCGAGGAUGUGUACGGGGGGAGUAGGGACACGCCACCACACCACGGGGUGCAGACGCCCGUCCAGUGAACUCGAGCGGGGGAGGGGCAGAGCGCGGGGCUCUCCCUCCCCUCUGGCCCACCGCCCUUCCCCGGCCCCCUGUUCCCUCUCUAACUUCUGACUGUUCUUUUGUUUUUAAUUAUUAUUUCCCCGUCCCUUAAGAGGAAAAAAAAAAUAAUAAUAAUAAGGAAAGCAACUAAGGCACUGGGUUAUCCAAAUGGUAGCAGGUGUAAUGAUGUGUUUUGACCUUUACAGGCUAGUACCCAGGCAAUGGAGUGGAGUGUCUCACAGAGUAGAGGAGAGAGAGAGAGAGAGAGAGAGAGAGAGAGAGAGAGAGAGAGAGAGAGAGAGAGAGAGAGAGAGAGAGAGAGAGAGAGAGAGAGAGAGAGAGAGAGAGAGAGAGAGGAGAGAGAGAGAGAGAGAGAGAGAGAAUACCUGGCAAAACUAAAUAAUUACCAAAAACAAAAAUCUACCAAGCCGUGAUAAAUACAAAACACAGCUUCCUAAUGCCCGAGUUGGCACAUGCUGCUGUGUUUAUUUCAUGUGGAUCCCCAUCAGGAAAGAGGAAAAAAUACACACGUUCUUUAGCGCAGGCAAAAUAUCACCACACAAAUUUGCACUGCAAGAAAAUUGAAGUUUACAUGAACAAAUUCACGAAGACAUUUUUCUUUCUUCCACCGCUCAUUUUGAAAUUGCCGCGGUUUGUGGUCUGUGUUUUGUUUUGUUUAUUCAGAGGAAAGAGUGGAAGCCAGCUCUUGGCCACUCUCCAUUUCUAAUGUCCCCAUGUAACCACUUGUUCUUAUCACUUGUGAACUUUGGUUACCUUCAGAUCCCCUCUCCUCCCUUCCAUUGGUGUAACUUUUAUUUGCUUCUUUUACCAAAGCAAAAUGAUUUGCUCCAUACAAAAUAAAUAAUUCUCUGCUUUCAGGAAAUGUGCAUGGUCUACCCUCUUUAACAAGGCAAAAAUCCAGUUUGGAAUACAGAAAUGAGUCAAGCAUUAUUAUUAUUUUUUGGUUGGCUUUUUUUUUCGUUCUUUCUUUUUUUUUUUUUUGUUAUCAGUCACAAAGUAAACUUCAUUUUCAGGCAGUGUUUCUGGGGGAGGUUGCAGAGGGGAGAAAAAGAAAAAAUUGAUAGUGAGUGACUGAUUGCUUCAUUUUACCAAGCGGGCCCAUUGUGAAGGAGCUCAGAGGAUAUGUGGAGGUGAAGUAUAUUUUCAACAGAAAGAAAGUGGCACUUUGAAGAGAAUGAGGGAAAUAUGUAUCUCCAGACACCCCCCUGUAUAGUUCUCUGCCUUCCGUUUUAAUAACUUCAUUUAGAAGGAAUUAUUUGUGCUGACAGUAGCAGUUAAACUUUGUUCCUUUAAUAGCUUUAAAAAAACAUAAAGAAAAUAACCUGGGAACUUCAUGGUGUAUGCCUCGACUGUGUUUCUUAACACACAAAUACCCACAUGCAUACAGAGAAUAAUAUUUCCGAUCUAGACUGGUUUUGUUUUUACUAGCUCAUUUGUAUAUCAAAUUAUAUUUAAGUUCCCAUACCUUCUUCUCCUGUAAUUCAUUAUAGAAAAUAUCAGUUUGACUUGGACAGCUCCACCCACCCCCUCUUUCACUAAAGAAGCCAAAUGAAGAAGGGGAAAAAAAUGCUAUUUUGAAUCCUUCCCUUUCUCUCUUUGUUAAUAGUUUCAAGUGCAUUUUUUACCUUAUCUUGAUGGAAAACGGAUAACUCCCAUAACAAAAGAAUCUACUGGGAAGUGGAGGUGAAAAAAACAACAACAACAACAACAAAAACUGUAAUUGUAUUGAAAAUAAAUGCCAUUAAACUGUGAUCAGUUAAAAUAUUUCAAAGUAAUCAGCACAAAAGGGCGCUAAAAGGGAAAACACUUUUUUUUUAAUUAAUCUUAAAAGAUCGGGGCUUUUUUUCUGGUUAGGUAUUAGGUAAAUUUUUUUAUUUAAAAAAUGAAAUCUCAAUACCAUACAAUUAUGGUUCAGCAUCAGAUUAGCAUUGCACUCAGUAGUUAAGGUUUUAGGAAAUAUGCUUUAUCGUGUCUUUUCAAACACCAGUGAUGGUUUCAUUUUCAAUGUUUUUUGCAAGAUAAAUGAUGACUUAUAAUGGGCAUAUUUACUUGCCUGUAUUUCAUUUCCCCCUAUGACUGUCACAAGGAAAUGGGCAUGGAGCUGCUUGGGGUGCAUCACACUGCCUGUCCCUGAGGUGUGGGGACUGGCCUCUCAUGAAGCAAUCCAGAGCAGGGCAAACAACCAAGGGUAAAGGGAGGAAAUGAAUUUUCACAUUCUUAUUACCAAGUGGGUAAGGUUAGAAGCUGGGGUUCAGGGGAUGUGUCUACAGCUCCCCCAACUCUCAGAGGUUUACUAAGAUGAAAGUUACCACUGAACCUUCCCACUAUGUAUAUAUGUUUAAUAUCUGUCUUUUGAAAUGCAGAAAUAGUUUAAAUGUUUCUUUGUCUAUUUUUCUUUUUUUUUUUAAUGCUACCCAGGGAAAUAUUUUCAUAUCAUUUUUAAGUGGCCUGCCUCAAUGUAUAUUUAUUUCUUUUAAAGCAAAAAAGGUUCUGGAAAACUGUUUUUUCUGUAGCUUUAAAUGAGUAGGUGAGCAAAAUCUAUAUGAGAUGUAAUUUUUUUUUUGUUCAGUCUCUUUAAAAAUACUUUGUUUGGGUACAUUUGGUUGUGCUUGUGGGGAAAAUAAAAACGCAGAGAUCCUUAUA